AUGCAAGUCAAGGUGGCGUCGGAUGCGCAGCAGGAGCAUGCAGACAAGCUCACGCAUAGCGAAUGGGGCGCGCCGUACCUAACGAUGGAGCAAUAUUUUGAACGCGAGAAGGACCUGUAUGCGACGGAGUUCGCAGAGGCCGCCAUGACUGCGUACGUGCUGGUGCCGACGACCGCUCCGAACACGCUGGACUUCCUGGCCUACUUGGAAGUGUUCAAGCGGCCUUGUUUGUACACGGGCACACGCACGUACGGGUACAGCAUCGACGCUGUCUUCACUCCUGUGCACCAUCGAAGGAAGGGGUAUGCAGCCAUGUUGCUACAGCGAAUCGUGGAGCUCUUCCAUGACCAUGAUGGCGUUGUGAUCUCCAACCUGUACUCUGACAUUGGCCCAAGGUUCUACAGCGACAAGGGGUGGAAAGUACACUCUGCCGACGAGCUGGUGCUCCCAUCCACACAUGUGAUCCCGCCCAAUGAACCUCCCGCCGUCCACCUCCUGCCGGUCGAAUCAGCCCUCGACCGUGUGUGUCGCGACGACUUGAUGUACAUGGAGCAAGCAACCAAGACCGGCCCUCCGUCGGUGUACUUCCUGCUCACUCCGUCGCUGGUCCAUUGGUUUCAAGUCCGCAGCCACUUUUACGCCCGCACCAAGACAGCAUUUCCAUCUCCUCCCCGCUCGCUUGGCGUUUACUUGCUUGAUCACAAGGGCGUUGCCACGGAGUACAUGGUGUGGACGCACGACUUUGAGUACUCGGAACUGACGAUCCUCCGCUGCCGCGUGAGCGAGGCACAUGGCCGCGCGUUCGUCCGCGCCGCCGUGGCCCAAGCUGCCGAGUGGAGCCUCGCGAGUGUGUGUCUGUGGAACCCCGAGCGCUGGCUCGCCGCGGCCUUCUCCGAGUUUGUGACGACGCGCACGGACGACCUGCCGUCGCUGCUCGUGCGCGAAGGAGUGGACGACAAGCAUCAUGUGACGUGGUUCGGCAAUGAAAAGUACUGUUGGGUGUAAACGAAUAGCCUUAACAUUUCUAGGGCGAAAUACUCAAUAGGAGUACAACGCUGUGUUUGAGUAGUACAUAUGUAGUAGUAGGGUUAAUCAUGUUUCGAAUGGGAACUGGUUUGGCUGGCGGUG